AUUUCAGCACCAGUGGCAGUGCCUGGAUGCUUGGGCCCUGAUGCAAUGGCCCUAAGGGCCAUGGAUGUUUUGGACAAGCGCUUACACCCACAGGGGUUCCAGGAGUACAACCUUUCACGGUCAAUUCUUCAAGAACCUCAUUGUUUGUGGUCACACGAUGCCGCUGAACAGACUGGCGCUCAAUUCCACAAUGGGCUUUUGACAACAAGCGAUGGGAGGAUGUUGGUAGCCUGUGGUGUGGACAAGCUGGUUUGGAUAUGUGUGGACAACGCUUUCACCCACGAAACCCACCUCCCGGCGGUGGCCGAGCCUUGGCCAAGGAGCUCCACCCUGGUGGGCGAAAAAGCUGUGGCGCUGCGGCGGGGAGGAGAGGUGCACAUCGUCAGCGCAGCUGGAGCCGUGCAGGGGGUGCAAUUGCCAGCAGAAGAUCCAGGAGACCUUCUGGCAGCUUCAGUUGAUGGCACUGGGACGGUCAGCAUGCUGUUUGUGAACAAGGUCAAUCCAGCAGGGAGACCGCUGUACGGCCUCACACUCGGAAGGGUAGGCCCAAUUGACCUCUCCAAGCAGAAUAGCAAAGAGACGAUGCCUUUGACAACAUCUUGGCGUCUCUUUGGUUCAACCCCACCUUUGAGCGCGAGCAUUGCUGGCAACGACGGCACAGAGGCGUUGAUUUUGAGCAAUGGAAAAUUUAACUUCGAACGACCAUCAUUGGGUGCAGAAGAUGCAUCGGAAGAGCAGAGAAGAGAUGACGUCGACGAGUUGGAUGAGGAGCUAGGUGAAAUACUGCGGCGACAGGGUUUGCAGCUGCCCAAGUCGCAAGGCGCCUCAGCGGUGGUCACCCUAGCCUCUUCUGCAUGCGAGCACUACCACUUGAGUUUGCCAGCGGUAACGUGCCGUGUGCACGUCUUGUUACCACCUGGAGUAUCCAUGGCAGUGGUGUUGCGAACGGCUCAGGGGCAUGGGGCCAUUUGCCAGUGUUGGGUGGAGCCGCAGGCAGACCCUUCAAAUGGAGCUUCCAGGAUCAAGGUCCGGCACUGCGCCACCUUCCCGGGCCUCGCGGUGCUGUGCGCCACGCCGGGCAUGGCCUAUCUGUCGCUGGACGCGCUGGACGCGGGCACUUGGGCGGCGCUGGGCAAGUGGCGAAGUGGUGAAGCCGUGGAAGUUUUUAGACACCCCAAGGGCAGAGGCAGCAGCAGCACCCAAGGCCUACAACUGGAUGGCCUGCAGGGCUUGCAACUCCUAGGCAACCAGCUGUUUGUAUGGCACAGCAGGGGCUUGCUCCGAUACAAUCUGCCGCGAGGGGAGAGCUGGUGCCCAGCAUCACAAGAGUCUGAAAUCCCAGGCCCAGAUGACCACGAUGAGUGGGGUCAAGCUCCAUGUGCAGAUUUAUCAGACCUGGAGAAUGCAUGGCAGCAAAGCAGCUGAAUCUUCAAAACGGUCUAGGCACACCGUGAGUUCAGGCGAUGUUCCACAUUUUCGCGGCAAAUGUUGUUGCUUCCAGCUCAACACUUCUUUGACUUCCACGUGGCCUGAGUUGAUCUAUGCUACCAGCUACCAGCUGCAAUCGCUGGGUCAAGACCGUGCUGAAAGGUGGGGCGAGAGAAGACGAAGCAUCGAGUCGUGGAAAUUGACUGUUUUUCUCAGAUAACUAAAACAGUUUCAGUGGUAUGAGACCAAAAUCCGUGUCUCAAUCCAGGUGUAAAUGCCAGAAAAUCCAGAAGCAACGUAUCAUGGGAGCUGCCAGUUCGUCGUUUGAGCCGGCAGUUUGUCAUUUGAGCCGGCUUGUUCCACGCAUGUGACGACCAUUUGCUCGAGACGGACAAAA